CACUGAACUGGGAUUGGUUAACAUUACAGCCCGUGCCAUUGCUUACAAUGCACCAAGCUGUUGUUCAGAUGGACUCUUGACUGGCAAAACAGGCAGUUAUGUAGAUGAACGGAGGAUACCAACAGGCCUGGAUUAUGUCCGCAGGACUGUCUUGGUGGAGCCAGAGGGGCUUCCGAGAGAAUACACAUACAGUGUUUUUUUCUGUCCUAAUGAGAGGAUCCAUAUUUCCACUCCUAAUAAGUAUGAGUAUCAGUAUGUCAAAAAGCCAGCCAAGAUGGACCAGUUUGAUGUGGCAGUGAAAACGCACAACGAUGCUCAUUUCGCCCUCUCAGCUAGUCCCCAUGACAGCGUAGGGAUGCUUGAGAUUGUAUUAGGUGGGAGGCAGAACACUCGCUCCUGGAUUUCUUCAGGGAAAAUGGGCGAGCCCGUGGUCAGUGUCCCCACACCUGGUAUCCUGUCCUGGGAUGAGUUUCGCAGUUUUUGGAUCAGCUGGAAGGGAGGCAUCAUACAGGUGGGUUAUGGCGUACACCCAUCCAAUGACUCUAUCAUUCUGCAGUGGGCAGGCUUCUUCGCAGGACAGGUGCAACAUAUUGGCUUUUCAACAGGGUGGGGCUCUGUCGGAGAGUUCAAAAUCUGGAGGAAGGAAGAUUCUGAUGACAAUCACAAUGAGGCAUUCACACUGGGAGUUCCCCACAACAUGGUGCCUGGAUCAGAAAGAGCCACUGCAUUUAUGAUUGGGGAUGUGAUGGGACCAACUCUGAAUAACCUGGACAAGCUGUUGAGGCUGCCCUUUGGGUGUGGAGAGCAAAAUAUGAUUCAUUUUGCCCCGAAUGUCUUUGUUCUGAAGUACUUACAGAAGACCAGACAGCUGACCCCUGAGGUUGAAAAUGAAGCAACUAACUAUCUGCUUCAAGGCUACCAGAGACAACUGACCUACAAGCGCCAGGAUGGAUCUUACAGUGCUUUUGGCGAAAGGGAUUCCUCCGGCAGUAUGUGGUGA